AGUCUUCAACCACUCAAUAAUUCACAAUUUCCAAAUCCCUUGCAAAACAUCACAACCUCUAGAAACUUUGAUUAAUAAUCUAAUAAAAGCAAUAAUAUGAUAUCUAAACAAUAUCACCAUAUAUAUAUUUAUUAUGAUAUACUACGAUGCAGCAUUGCACUUAAUUUGGUAAAGCAUUAAAGCGAGACAACUCUAUUAACACCGGUAAUUCAACAACCGUUGUUGUCGAGUUCAUGUUUUCUUCCAACUCUUUUCCUUUUCCUUUACUUUAUUUAUUUCUCCUACUUACCUUUUCUACUAAUAUAUACUAUCUCUCUUGAACCUCUUUUUGAUCUUGACAAGAAAAUGAACCAAGAAAUGAAUGGAGUAGAAGCUGAAAAGCUUCAAGAAAAAAUAGAUUAUGUGUUUAAGGUUGUCGUGAUUGGUGAUUCUGCAGUAGGAAAAACUCAAAUAUUGUCGAGGUUUACGAAGAAUGAGUUCUGUUUUGACUCAAAAUCAACCAUUGGUGUUGAGUUUCAAACUAAAACUGUCACUAUUAAUGGUAAACUCAUCAAAGCUCAGAUCUGGGAUACUGCUGGCCAAGAAAGGUAUAGAGCGGUGACAAGUGCAUACUAUAGAGGAGCAUUAGGGGCCAUGCUAGUCUACGACAUAACUAAAAGACAAACAUUUGAUCAUGUUGCUAGAUGGGUUGAGGAACUGAGAUCACACGCUGACGGUUCGAUCGUCAUCAUGUUAAUUGGUAACAAAGGUGAUCUUGUGGACCAAAGAGGUGUACAGACUGAAGAUGCGGUUGAGUUUGCAGAGGAUCAGGGUCUCUUUUUCUCAGAAACUUCUGCUUUUAGUGGUGAAAAUGUGAACUCUGCUUUUCUGAAGUUGCUUCAAGAGAUUAAUAAGGUUGUUUCUAAAAGGUCUUUGGAAUGUAAUAAUGGGAUUAAGGGAAAUGGUAAUCAUGAUGUUGCAGCACUUAAAGGGGAGAAAAUUGAUAUAAUUUCAGGUUCUGAAUUGGAAAUUAGUGAAAUCAAGAAAUUGCAUUCAUGUUCUUGUUGAUCUAAACAAGAGUCAAAAGUAUAUAUUACAAAAAAAAAUCAUUCAAAUGUGAUCAGAAUUGAAGAGCUUUUACUUAUUUUGUUUCUGUUUGGUUGAAUUACAGUAAUGAUUUUUACAUUUUUUUUA